AUGUGCGAUCCAUCACGAGCUUUGUGCACCCGACUGACUUACACCGCUGAACGUGCCUCAUCGCGUGUUGGAUCAGGUUACAAGCAACCUCUGAAGGGAAAGUUCCACCCUCACACCCAAGUGCUCGUAACAAAGGAAACCCUCAAUGAAGAAGCCAUCGUGUGUGUGUGGUCUGAAAGACCUUGGUGUGCAACGCUGGCGACCCAGGUUGUUCCGACAAACCGAUACAGUGUUUAUUGGACGGGCUGUAAGAAAGAUGCAUUACUCAUUUUAGUUCAGACAAUGUAUGCUGACAACUCAAAAGCCAAAGCGCGACAAAAUCAAACGGCGUCUACAGACAACAAAGUAAAACUCCCGAGACGCGUAACGGAAGAAUGGAUUGGAGAGAAUUACGAGUGGGAACGAGGCACGCUACCCGUGUAG